AUGUCACAACUCAGGCACGUCGUGUGCAACGAAAUUUGUCUCCCUGAUCCUCCUCCGAGUGACCAGGAAGAUGAUGCUUGUGUCUUGAGAAACUUGCAAACACUUGUGCAAGUAGUGAAUUUCAGAUGGACGGAGGAGGCGUGCAAGAGAAUUCCCAACAUCAAGAAAUUGCGCGUGGUUUUUGAUGAUGUCUUGACAGAUUACGAAGAUUGCUUGUGCUUACACUAUCUCCACAAUCUCUGCUCUUUACAGAAGCUCGAAUCACUAAACAUGAGGUUCCCUUUCUGCAUAUCGCGAUAUCCAGUGGAUUUGCUGAGCAAGAGGCUUGCCUUCCCCACUCGGCUAAACAAGUUGUGCUUGAGAAACUGCAGCCUCACUCGAGAAGAUCUGGCAACGAUUGGUUCGUUGCAACAUCUACAAGUUCUUGAGCUUGAACACAGCUCUUUCUUGGGAGGCGAGUGGAGCACUUUCAACUGUGAGUUCCCUUGUCUUAAGUUCUUGAGAAUCGACGGCUGUGAUGUCGUGUGUUGGGCUGCAGACACCUCUGCUUUUCGAGUUCUUGAAAAGCUCGUUGCUCGAGAUCUUUGGCAGUUGCAAGAGAUCCCUGUUGAAAAUAACUACAAAGUCAAGAAUAGCAGCAUCCAAAAGUCAGAAAUUGCAGUAGCCAAAUCUCCAUGUAUCAGUCAAAUAUUAACCAAGGAUCCCUUAAUCAUAGGGAUCCUGGUAUGA